CCGGCGCGCGACGGGCGCGCGGGCUGCGAGCGCGCCGACGAGCGUGCCAAGUGCGAGCGGCAGAAUCGCCCUGUGCAGGUGCAGAAGCCUUCUCCGGUUUUAACUUUUAUUUUCCUUUUGAAUUCCUGCUUUGCAGACAGAGCAAUGGCAGCCCAAGUACUUGUAAUUGGCAGUGGAGGAAGGGAACACACACUGGCCUGGAAACUUGCACAGUCUAAUCAUGUCAAACAUGUGUUGAUUGCCCCAGGAAAUGCAGGCACUGCCUGCUUGGAAAAGAUUUCAAAUACUGCCAUCUCAAUCAAUGACCACACUGCCCUUGCUCAGUUCUGCAAAGAUGAGAAAAUUGAAUUCAUAGUUGUUGGACCAGAGGCACCUCUGGCUGCUGGAAUUGUUGGGAACCUGACAUCUGCAGGAGUCCGAUGCUUUGGUCCCACUGCAGAAGCAGCUCAGUUAGAGUCCAGCAAGAGAUUUGCCAAAGAGUUUAUGGACCGACAUGGAAUCCCAACUGCGCGGUGGAGAGCUUUCACCAAACCUGAAGAAGCCUGCAGCUUUAUAAUGAGUGCAGACUUCCCUGCUUUGGUUGUGAAGGCCAGUGGUCUUGCGGCUGGAAAAGGGGUGAUUGUUGCCAAGAGCACAGAAGAGGCCUGCAGGGCUGUACAGGAGAUCAUGCAGGAUAGAGCUUAUGGAGCAGCUGGAGAAACAAUUGUCAUUGAAGAACUUCUUGAAGGAGAAGAGGUGUCUGUAUGUAUAUCCACCUUUUUGGCUUUUAUAGACCAGGUUUCUAAGGAUUUGUUCCUGAAAAUAAAAAAUACCAUUCUUCAGAGGACAGUGGAUGGCAUGCAGCAGGAGGGUAUGCCAUACACAGGUGUUCUCUAUGCUGGUAUAAUGCUGACCAAGGAUGGCCCAAAAGUUCUGGAGUUUAAUUGCCGUUUCGGUGAUCCAGAGUGCCAAGUGAUCCUCCCACUUCUUAAAAGUGAUCUUUAUGAAGUGAUCCAGUCUACCUUGGACGGCCUGCUCUGCACAUCUCUGCCUGUUUGGCAUGAACACCUCACUGCCAUAACUGUCGUGAUGGCAAGUAAAGGCUAUCCAGGAGACUACACCAAGGGUGUGGAGAUAACAGGGUUUCCUGAAGCUCAAGCUUUAGGACUGGAGGUGUUCCACGCAGGCACUGCCCUGAAAGAUGGCAAAGUGGUGACUAAUGGGGGUAGAGUCCUUACGGUAACAGCAAUUCAGGAAAAUCUCAUCUUGGCCCUUGAAGAAGCCAAGAAAGGACUAGCUGCUAUAAAAUUUGAGGGAGCCAUUUACAGGAAGGACAUUGGCUAUCGUGCCGUAGCUUUUCUCCAGCAGCCCAGGGGCCUGACUUACAAGGAAUCUGGGGUAGACAUUGCAGCUGGAAAUGUGCUGGUCAAGAAAAUUAAACCUUUAGCAAAAGCUACCUCCAGACCAGGCUGUGAUGUUGAUCUUGGAGGUUUUGCUGGUCUUUUUGAUUUGAAAGCAGCUGGUUUCAAAGAUCCUCUUCUGGCAAGUGGAACAGAUGGUGUUGGAACUAAACUGAAGAUUGCCCAACAGUGUAAUAAACAUGAUACCAUUGGUCAAGAUUUGGUUGCAAUGUGUGUCAAUGACAUUCUGGCCCAAGGGGCAGAGCCUCUUUUCUUCCUCGAUUACUUUUCCUGUGGAAAACUUGACCUCAAUACAACUGAAGCUGUUGUUGCUGGAAUCGCCAGAGCUUGUGGAAAAGCUGGAUGUGCUCUCCUUGGAGGUGAAACUGCAGAAAUGCCUGACAUGUAUCCUCCCGGAGAAUAUGACCUAGCUGGUUUUGCCGUUGGUGCCAUGGAGCGGGAUCAGAAACUCCCUCACCUGGAAAGAAUCACUGAAGGGGAUGUUGUUAUUGGAAUAGCUUCAUCUGGUCUUCACAGCAAUGGAUUCAGCCUUGUAAGGAAAAUUGUAGCAAAAUCUUCCCUCCAGUACUCGUCUCCAGCACCUGAAGGCUGUGGUGACCAGACCUUAGGGGACUUACUUCUCACUCCAACCAGAAUCUACAGCCAUUCACUGCUACCUGUCCUACGUGCAGGACACGUCAAGGCCUUUGCCCAUAUUACUGGUGGAGGAUUGCUAGAAAACAUCCCCAGAGUCCUUCCUCAGAAGUUUGGGGUAGAUUUAGAUGCCCAGACCUGGAGGGUCCCCAGGAUCUUCUCAUGGUUACAGCAGGAAGGACACCUCUCUGAGGAAGAGAUGGUCAGAACAUUUAACUGUGGGAUUGGGGCUGCCCUCAUGGUAUCAAAGGAUCUGACAGAGCAGAUUCUGAGGGAUAUUAAGCAGCACAAGGAAGAAGCCUGGGUGAUUGGCAAGGUGGUUGCAUGUCCUGAAGGUUCUCCUCGUGUGAAAGUCAAGAAUCUGAUAGAAACCAUGCAAAUAAAUGACUCAGUAUUGAAGGAUGGCACUCUGAAAAAUCAUUUCUCUGUCCAACCAAAAAAGGCAAGAGUGGCUGUCCUAAUAUCUGGAACAGGAUCAAACCUGCAAGCUCUCAUAGACAGUACAAGGGAGCCAGGUAGCUGUGCACACAUUGUUGUUGUUAUCUCCAACAAAGCCGCAGUGGCUGGUUUAGAUAAAGCCGAAAGAGCCGGAAUUCCCACCAGAGUAAUUAAUCAUAAAUUAUAUAAAAGUCGUGUAGAAUUUGACACAGCAAUUGACCAAGUCCUUGAAGAGUACUCCACAGACAUAGUCUGUCUUGCAGGAUUCAUGAGAAUUUUAUCUGGCCCCUUUGUCAGGAAAUGGGAUGGGAAGAUGCUCAACAUUCACCCAUCCUUGCUCCCUUCUUUUAAGGGUUCAAAUGCCCACGAGCAAGCCCUAGAAGCCGGGGUCACAGUCACUGGGUGUACUGUGCACUUUGUAGCUGAAGAUGUAGAUGCUGGACAAAUUAUUUUACAAGAAUCUGUUCCAGUGAAGAGAGAUGACACUGUUGCAACUCUGUCUGAAAGAGUGAAAUUAGCAGAGCACAAAAUAUUUCCUGCAGCCCUCCAGCUGGUAGCCCGUGGAGCUGUACGGCUUGGAGAAAACGGCAAGAUUCGUUGGGUCACAGAAGAGUGAAGCCUCCCAACCCGGGAAUAGAGCCAGUUCUGAAAAAAGUCUGGCUAUUUGCAUGAUGACUUUUACCAUGGACUCAGCCGAGAAGAACAGAUGCUAAAAAAGAAGUCCUCACCCUCACCUCUGGCUGGUUUUUUUUUAAGGAACAGAGAUUCGUUAAAAACAAGACUGGUACAGUAGGUCUAAGACCUAUGUGUGUCACCUCCAAUGGUCUUUCAGGGUUUACCUGUUCUGGACCUUCUGGUUCGUAAUCAAGUUGGUCAUUCAGAAUUCCUCUCACUUUCAGCCGGACGAGAUACCAAAACUAGUCUUCUUCCGAAUGAUACCGCCUCCAUUUUUUGUAGUUAUAUGUGCUCUAGUAUUUGAAGAGUUAACCCACAAGGCUACUAAGUUAAUAUCUCUCCCCUAUAUUAUUUUCCUGUAUGGGUUUGAAUUGAGACUUCUCUACUGUAAUUAUCCUGAUCAUAAUUUAGGGUCAUAAAAUUGGUGUGUAGCUCCCAUUUCUGAGAGAGAGUGUACUUUGUGCUUUGAAAUAUCAUUAAACAUCUCUCUAAUUAUUGACAGUUUCUAUACCACGCAGAUUUUAGCUUCACAGUUAUUCUAUGGGUUAUCAACAUCCAUACUUUUUAUAAAUACUAGAAGGUUAAAGGGAGAGUUUUGGUGGCCUCUAGAAUCAAACAUAGGACUGAGGCAUGUUACUCAUCCUAUCUGUCUCUGUGUCCCCACCUACUAACGUAGGCAAAUGCCUAUCAUAGUUGUUUUGAUAAUUAAUACGUGUGAAAUGCCAAAAACCAUGCUUGGCACAGAGUAGGCCCUCAAAGGUCAGCAUUUAUUUCAUAGCUCUUCCCAGUUAUGAAAGCUCUUGUAACUCAGUAUUCUAGCAAGUAUAUCUCGAGCAUAAAAUUGAGAAUGGUGAUAAAUAGAAUAUUGAAAGUGUGGUAGGUGCUGUUUGGGAGGAGUGAGGGCAGUCUCCCCAGACUAGUAAAGAGUAUAAUGGCACUGAUGUGUUUUCCACUCUGGCCAUUCAUUUCCAAUCCGGUUAUGCAAUCCUGGAACUGGGAGGUCUAGGUCAACCUACGAGGCACAUGUACAUGACCCCAAGCUUGGUACCACAUUUCUCCCAUAGCAGAGUGAACAAGGAAAGGCCAACCAGCCCAAAGGCAGCCAGCAAUCCUUAGACUACUGGGCAGCCUUCAGGGUGAUGUGGCCUAAGGUCUGCCUGCCCAACAGGAGUGUACCUUAUUGGCAGGAUAACCAGGAGGCCCUGUUCGAAUCCUCCCUGGGAGUUUAAACUCAAGACCUAACAGCAAAGCAGUCAUUUUAUACAGAAGAUACAAAUUCUAGCCUUACAAAAGGAAAGAGUAGGGGGGGUAAGAAGAGAGGCACCUCUACCAACAGACCCUAAUUCACUGCCCCUGGUGCAGGUAGGUUUCCCCAGACCCAGGCAGCUGGCCAAUGAUGUCACCCUUACUCACACUGACUAUAGUCAGCAACAACCAUCAAAUUGGAGGUUGAGGUGCAUCAUUUCACACAGGUCCCUUUGCUGUAAAAACAACUGAUUGAUUUGUUCUGGAGAGUUCACUCGGCAUUAAAUACCUAUUACAUACAUGCCAAACAUUGUCCUAUGAAGUUUACAGAAAGUUAAAGAUACAAAGGAAAAUGUUAUUGGUGGAUAAAAUCACAAACUAAUAAAAGUAGAGACUAAUAGGGGUUCCUGGCUGACUGAGUCGGUGGAGCGUGCAACUCGAUCUUGGGGUUGAGUUUGAGCCCCACGUUGGGUGUAGAGAUUACUUAAAAAUAAAGUCUUAAAAAUAAACAAUAAAACCUUAAAAAAAAGUAGAGGCUAAUAGUACCAGCAUGCAAAUUAGAAAAAUCAAUGUAAGCUUAUGACUUCAGAAAUACAGUUUUUUAGCCCUUACUCUGAUACUAAGUUCCACCAAAGGGAAUGUGAACUCCAUGUAAGGUUAUUGAUUCCAUAUCUUGGGAUAAGAAGAAUCAAAAUGUGUCUGAAUUAUCUGGUUGCCAGAAACCAAAAAACAUUUGAAAAUAGGGACGAUACUGAAAGAACAAGGGAAUCAGCUUCAGGGGUGUCCUACUGUCUAGUUUGGGAUAAACAGUAUUAUUUGGAUGUGAUGAGUAUAUGAGCAGCCAUUAGUUUAUAAUGAUACUCAGAGAAAAGGUCAUUUAAGUUACGAAAAAGUCAAUACAAGAAAGGUGAAGACAAGGUUAAUAUUUUAUUGUAACAAAUCUGUACAUUUAUCUUUUAUUAUAAACGGCUUUGUAUAUACGCAGGAAUAAAACCAAUCAGCCCUUGGUCACACCUUGUGUUCCGGUAGAAAGAUUGGGCAGAGGGGGGUGGGGGUCCAACUGUUAAAUCAGCUCUACUGGUCUCGUAAGUCAAAGGAGUUAAGUGUGAGUUACAGAACAAGUAAGCCAAACGUUCUCAAGAGGAUUGUUGUACUUUCUAAGAGAAACUUCAUGGUCUCUAAAUGUUCCUUCUCAGAUUUUUUAUUUAACUCUUUUUAACUGCUAUACAAACUUCUUAAGUAACUCAAGUACAACAUAGUAUCUAAUCAUAAUAAAGUUUAAUAACUGGUA